CCUAGCGAAUCAGGCAAGGAUGAAGUCGAAACGACCCGCGGAAUCUGACAUGCUCUCCGCCGUGGGAGUAAGUGACGAUGAGCAUAAAGAUGCUGCAAAACGGAAACAGCUUCAAGAGGAAGUAGACCGCCUACAGACAGAAGUGACCUCUUUGAAAGAACUGAACUGUAGGCUGCAGAGAGCUGUUUGUUCAAAAUUUUUUGAGGCCGAUAAGUAGAAUCUUGUUUUUAUUUGGGAGACGCCACAGAAAAUAUAUCACAUUUGGCACCACGAGAUGAUAAAGAGCAAUACUAUUACCUUCAAUUCCCCAGAAUCACAGAAGAUGACAGGCAAGACUACAAGCUCUGCAUGAUUUGUGUACCCUUCGGAAACAUUUCAAGUAAAUGCAGUGUGUAGUAAGUUUAUUUCAUGUUGCAAAAGCAAUUAAGUAGUGGGACGGUGCUUGAUAGUACAGCCCUUCAGAAAAAAACAUCUCAGGAAUCAGUGGUUGUUAUUUGGAGAUUUUAUAUGUGGAGUGUCUGUAGCACAUGUCAAAAUAUUUUCGUUUUCCACAAUCAGGAGAUCAGUCACCUGCGACCAUAGAUUUUACAUCAACUUCUCUGAUGUCUCUGACACCCAUGCCACCCAACCCUGCCACUUCUGUGCCCUGUGUGUCAUCCACCACAGACUUGUUGCUGGGUUCUGCAGUGUAUACAGCACCUGCACCUUCUAGGAUGUCACCUUGCAGCAAUAAGUUGCUGUCUAAUCCUGCAGAGGGUACCACACCAGUGCAGCAUGCAACCACUGCAGCAGCUCCACCAUGUGGUAGAGAUGCUCCCAAGCCAGCAGCUGCUCGUGUUCGCAAGGUGCUUACAACCCCACAGGAGAUCACCGCAACAGAAACAGAAGAUGGUCAGGUGUGUCUUGGGCAAGGUGUGUCUGUUGCUGCAGGGACAUGGACCCAUUUGAUGCAGCAGGCAGGUGACGCUGCAUUUUGUAAGCAGCUCGCAGUUGCGUUGUGGGGCAACGAGACCCUGGCAGAAAGAAGUCUUUCUCCAGCGAAAGUUGAUUCGAUGUCCUUUUUUGUUUGUCUUCUUGUGAGCUUUGACCCACAGCUCUGGCAUAAAUCUUGAAGGCGCAUAGCCUAACGUCUACAUCAUUUCGACUCAUAUCAGUGCAUAAGCACCAUUUGGACAUGCCUGAGUUAUGCAUGCAGCUUCUUCUGCAGUAAAGUAUGUAUUCUUUUGCAAAGAUGCGCAGUGAGCCCAUUUUUGCAAAAUGGUCUAGUCCAGGGGUCGGGAACCCGCGUGCCGCUUGCGGCACAGCUGCGCUACAGUUGCGGCCU